AUGUUUCAUGCCAUAGGAAACUACUUUCAUGACCGGCGCGGCACUCUCUCCAAGGCGGUGGGCUAUGUCGGCGGCGCGUACAUGGUUGGGCGGUACAUCUCCGAGCGGCUUGAGGACGUUCGCAAGUCCAUCCUUCAGGAACGGGCGGCACAGGAAAAUCUCCGGCGGCGGUUCGAGCAGAACCAGCAAGAUGCGUCGUUCACCGUCAUGGCGCUCCUCCCCACCCUCGGCGGCCACAUCCUGCAGGGCAUGGACGUCGAAGGCGUGACACAAGAGCUGCAGUCCUACUCCUCCAAGACCCCCCGCGCUCGCAUCGAGUUCCAGCACCCCACCGCCCCCUCCGAGUCCAGCGUCACCUCGAGCGUCGACGCCGCACGUAGCCCCGGGCAAGACGGCCGCUCCGACAACGGCUCCGCCUCCGUGACGUCCUCCGUGGACGCUGUCUCGACCCCCGACAUGUCCGCGUCCUCGGCCUCCUGGGUCGAUCAGUUCUCGCUCGGGUCGUCCCAGGUCUCCGCCGUCUCUCCCGCCGCAGCUCGCGAGGCGUCCGACUGCGGCUCUAGUGCGGCCGUCGACCUCUCCGACUCGAUGCUCACGACGAGCUCUGCCUCGAGCUCUUCCGCCGCUGCGCCGUCUGCGUCCGCAAAUAUCCUGGCGGUGCUCAGUCCGACGACGAAGAGCAAGGCGGAAUUGUGGCGGGAAGUGAAGAUACUAACAUUUACUCGAACAUUGACUGUAAUCUACUCUAUCACCCUCCUCACUCUCUUCACGCAUAUUCAACUCAACGUCCUGGGACGGUCGAAAUACAUACAAUCCAUGAUUCAACAGGAGCGCGACGAGCGUCUCCGCGAACAGCUUCAAUAUAGUACCUCAGUGUACUCUCUUUUCUGGGACGACAAAAGCUUCGAGGAUCCGGAGACGGACGAGCUGGAGGACGCAGAAAACAUAUCGGAGGAAACCGAGCGCAAGUACCUCACACUCAGCUGGUGGAUCCUCCAUGUGGGAUGGAAAGACGUUGGGGAACGUGUGAGACGGGGCGUCGAGGAGGUUUUUGAAGGCGUCUCCUUGAAGACGAAGCUCAGUGCUGCAGAUCUUCAUCGUCUCAUCAAUGAUGUACGACGACGGGUCGAGUACGAGGUGACCUUUGAGGGAAAAGAGCGUCGAAUAAACUUCAUGUCAACACUCCUCCCACCCACACCAGAAACCCUUCAACAUGUUCUCACCCAAGGAGGCAUCCCAAGCUGGCUUGCAAUGUCCCCCGACUCUACUUUCGACUCCUUCCUGGUUGAAACGCGGAAUUACAUCACAUCAGGUUCUUUUGAACGAGUUCUCGAAGUUUGCCUGGACCACGCUGCAGAAGAACUCUUCCAUGGUGUAGAGAGAAACGUCUUCGGAACCACCACCGACACAGACGACGUCCUCCUGGGCGACCAGGAGCCGCGAGAACGGCUUGCGGGGAUGCUCCCUGGCCUAGCUCGUUGGUGCCACAUCGCCCUAGAGGGCCUACCAAAUGAACUGGUGGAUGGCUUGGCGGAGCUGCGGGAAGUUUCGGCUCUCUCAGCGAUUAUAUAUACAAGCUACGAGGAUCGAUUCCGGUAA